CAUUGAUAGCCGAGGCGCUCAAUACAAAGUGUUUGCUCCAGUGAGAUUCUGGGAUGGAUAUGAACAACCCUCUUACUUGUGUUAUGGAUUUGAUGCGCCGUCUGCCACCUCAAAAGAUUGAUCAUACUUUAAUGGACAUCAUUUCGCUUACACCGGAACAUUGUGAGGAUAUAUUAAGUUCGGUGGAUCAGCCUCUAAGAAUCGCAAGGGAUGUACACGCGGGUCGAGAUUAUUUACUCUGUGAUUAUAAUAGAGACGGUGAUUCUUACCGAUCACCAUGGUCAAAUACCUAUGAUCCUCCCCUAGAAGAUGGAGCUAUGCCUAGUGAAGGACUUCGUAAACGAGAGAUUGAAAUCAAUACAGCGUUUGAUCAGUACAGGGAAAUGUAUUAUGAAGGCGGAAUAUCCUCAGUUUAUCUGUGGGAUAUGGAUCAUGGAUUUGCUGGAGUCAUCCUGAUAAAAAAAGCUGGUGAUGCUAAACUUGCUAGCGGUUGUUGGGAUUCAAUACAUGUCAUUGAUGUUGUUGAAAGACCGUCUGCUAAAAUAUCCUUGUAUAAACUUACAAGCACAGUUAUGUUAUGGCUUCAAACUCAACGAGAAGCGGCUGGUUAUUUCAAUUUAGGUGGAAGUUUAUCACGAUUUUGUGAACGUGAACUGCCUUUGGGGGAUGCAGGUGUUCCAAUAACUACAUCGCACAUUGUUAAUAUUGGACGUAUGGUAGAAGAUGUUGAGAACUCGAUCCGCUCAACAUUGAAUGAAGUAUACUUUGGGACUACAAAAAAUAUUGUAGAUUCAUUACGUUCUGUUGUACCGGCGUCAGAAGAGGAGAAACGUCGACGUUUAGUUCAAGAGGUUCACACAGCUUUACAAAAUAAAUCUCAUUUAUAAAUUCAUUCCAUCACAUCAUUUUUUAGCGAUAAUAAUGAUAAAUUAUUCCAUGAUUUUUUGUCUCUUUUACUAUUGACUCUGAUAGAAAUAUGGUGUGUUUCACUUGAUGGAUAACAUUUCUACCUUCUAAUAUUCUAUGAACACUUAUUGUUGCUGUUAUCUCUUGUUUGUCUUUGCUACGGUGUAUUCAUGAAGUUCAUGGUUAAGAAGAUAGACUGGUUAUAUCGCCUGUAUCUCUAUAACUAUUUUUCGAGCAUAUCAUUCUGUCUCUCAUAAUAUAUCUUUUGUUUUGAACUAACAAAAAUAGCAGCAACACACAAUAGUAAAUAAACAAAUAAUUCGUUAUUCCACUUAAGCAUAUUGCUAGUAUGCUGAUGAGAAUCAUCACCACGUUUGUAUUACAUUGAUAACUAUGUGCUACUGAUAAUACGUUUUUUCUAAAAGUUGUUACCAGUUCUCUUACACUUCGAAAGCUAGAAAUUGCUAGCUUUGAUCAAGUCUAUUCUCAGUCAGUUUUUGUUUAUUUGACUUAUUUUGCUACAUAUACAAGUAAUGAGACAUAAUUAUUAUCAUUAUUACUGUCGCUGUAGGUCGUGGUUUUGGGGAGUUUAGAUGUGCAGUAUUUUAAAUGAAAUUGAUUUUUAACUA